AUGACCAAUCUGGAUGUCGUGGAGUUGACAAGGGAACGCGAGCAGGUACUAGCAGCUCAGCAAUCAAUUGCCGAAUGGCGCAAAAGUUUGAAGCACCCAAACAAGAACGAUCACCAUUCCCGGCGGAAAAAACGGGCCGAUCGCAAGAUUGCUGAAACGGAAGAAUCUCAUUACACCGAUAAAAAUAAUGCUACAACAAAUGGAGAGGAUCCAGACUAUCUGGAAUCGUCGGUGGUAUGCUACGGGGUAUUGGGAUGCUUUCACGAAACGGACCACCUACCAGAAAUGCUACCCUCUUCUCCAGCAGAAGUAAAUACGCGAUUUUUAGUGUACACCACUACGCACCGGAGUGAAAAGCCAUUGAUCGAGUUUUCAUACGAAGAAUUGGUUGACGCAGGUUUUGGAACAGGCCAAUGGAAUAACGCAACCAACGAAACUAGGACUAUGCCCGCAGAUAAUAAUAAGUCGUCUGCUUUGCUGAAAACAUUUGGAGAUUUGACCAACCGAUCCGUACGUGUUAUCGUACAUGGCUUUGGAUCUAACUGUGGCCUUGUGUGGAUCUAUGAGAUGCGUACUGCUCUAAUGGCUGUGGAAAAUUGUACAGUGAUAUGCGUUGACUGGGAAAAUGGUGCAAAGCUACCGAACUACGUCCGCGCUGCUGCCAAUACGCGGCUUGUCGGCAGACAAUUGGCACUGUUGUUGCGCCUUCUUCGUACGCACAAUCGCCUCCAACCUGCACGGGUGCAUUUGAUCGGCUUCAGUCUGGGAUCACACGUAGCAGGUUUUGCCGGGUUCGAGUUUUCCAACCUUGCCGAAACGACAAGCGCCGUCGAUAGCAUCUGGCGCAUAACUGGAUUGGACCCGGCUGGGCCUCUAUUUGAAGCACAACCGCCCGAGGUGCGCCUCGAUGCCGGAGAUGCUCAGUUUGUGGACGUCAUUCAUUCGAACGGUGAAAAUCUCAUUCUGGGUGGCCUUGGGUCAUGGCAGCCUAUGGGCACCGUCGAUUAUUAUCCUAAUGGAGGCCGCGUUCAACAUGGAUGCACUAAUUUGUUUGUCGGCGCCGUCACCGAUAUUAUCUGGGCGCCACCUACCACCGUUGAAGGCCGUUCGUUGUGCAACCACCGUCGAGCAUAUAAAUUUUUUAUCGAUUCCGUCGCUCCAAGAUGUCAUUUCCCCGCAUUUCCCUGUGAAAGUUAUGACCAGUUCGCCGCAGGUGAAUGCUUCGAUUGUGGCAGCGGCAGCAAAAAUGUUAAUUCUGCCUGCGGUCAUAUGGGCUAUUAUGCAACAAACCGCGAUGUUGGUGGCCAUGGUCAGCUAUACCUGCGCACAAGGGACGAGGAGCCGUACUGUGCUAAUCAAUUUCGACUGCGGCUGCGUAACGCUCCCGAUGAGCUACCUCUGCGUACGGUGGGUCGUUUUGAACUCACGCUGGAAGGAGGUGACAGUGGAAAUGGUGUCGACGAUGGCAGUGCAGUUCCAGUAUUAACAUUCAACGAAACAUUCCAUUUGGAUGAAACUCGUGAAGAUAGAGAAUUCCAUGCUGGUCAAUGGUUGACGACUAUCUUGGUUCCCCAUCCGGCACUAGGACGUCGGCCGCGUGCUUUGACUAUAACGUAUCGUCCGUACCGCGGAGGAUGGUGGCAGAGGUCUAGUGUGGGAAAACAACUAUGGCGGAUAGGACCCAUUCUAUUAACGGCGGACAAUCAGAAGGUCUACGGAUCAUGUGGAAUUUUGACGCUUCAGGCGGAUGUUCCAGUACGGGUCGAGCUGGCCCCCAUACUGCGUGAUACUCUGCAUAGCGAUGCAGAGGAAUGUUUUGAGGAAGUUAAAGGAGGCCCAAAUACUUUAGAUGAUGUCGUCAAACCUGAUAAUGAAUAUCUUUCCUGGACCCCGGUAGCAAUUAGUAUACCUCGCCAUACACACACUAACGAGAAACGUUCGUUUUCUGAUACCGUGGACACAGAUAUCAUUCCUUUGGAUAAACCAUUUGUGGACACUGAAAAAAAUUCCAUGACAUUGCCAACGGCGCAAACCGUGCAGCUUUUUCCGUCACGUUUAGUGUCUUUUUUUGAACGUGCUGAAAGAUAUGCGCGGCGCACGUGGGACGCCCUAUUCAAUGAGAAUGUAACGUUAUCGACUGAAACGGAAGUCGGAUCGGUGUCUACCGAAUAUACCAACAUGGAGUCAGACACCGAGAAAAACGCGAGCGUCGACGAAAUUGACGACAUAAGAAUAGCGUUACCCACAUUUAAACCGAUUACGAUGCCCGUCGAAAGCUCGGUCGGCAGCGGGAGAAAACAUUAUACCAGGUUUAUUCCGCUAGUGUACGAAUCAACUAAAAUUCCGGGAUCGAACAACAAAACAGAACAUGCUGACAGACCAUGAUGUGAUAGCAUUUUUUAUGCUUUAAGUCGUUAUUCGCUCACUGCCCUGCAAUUGUGAAUUUUUACAUUUAUACAACCAAAACAAAGAUUCACUCAGAAGACACGAUGCGUUUGAACUAUAUACUACUUAUGUUUUUGAAGAAAAAUAUGUUUGAAAUAAAUGAUACGUUCUA